AUAGCCCCUCCCAUAAGGAUGGAAAUCAUUUCUUGCCAUGCUGCACCAUAUUGUUACGCCGUGAACUUUAGAGAUGUAAACUACUUUAAUUCCCAGCAAUCCAAACUUCCCGUAUUAAAUGGAAAAAGCUCAAGUACUAUUACAACCGACACUUUUAACACGUACGUGCUUGAUGGUGAAAAGAGUGUAAAUUCUUCGCAUAUACCUAAAAUACCGAUUCCCGGUUUACCAGAUGAAGACAAUAAAAUUAGUGAUCCAAGAAGUAUAGCCGAGAUACUGAAGCAAGUGUAUGUCGAUCACUCGACAAGAGUCGUUGAGGUGUUUUCUCGUAUUAUCGAGACAGCGAGACACCCAGCAGCAGCUGCAUCAUUUGCUUCCAUCAUAUUUGCUCCUCAGGGACAGUUAUCAUUUGACGAAACCUUAACUAGGUUGCCAGUAUGGGGUUUUCAAGUCAAAUGGAAAGUUCCGGAAGCUCCAUAUUAUGAGAUAAGUCCGGCUGGUUGUGAAUUUUCUUCUGCGUGGUUGGAUUCGAAAUCUGGAAACAAGUGGUUCUUAUCGUGCUGCCAUUGCUCGACAACCCAGAAAAUGUCGAUUUUAAUUAGAAAAGGGUGCAGAAAGUCAGUGAGGGUGCAAUAUCAUGGCUCCAAGUUCUCUAUCUGGAAUUGGCUAACCUCUCAUUUCAAACCUCUUUUCAAAGAGAGAACUCUGUGA